AAAAAAAUAGGAACAAAAACCAGAAAACUGAAAUUUGGUCAAUUCAUAAUAGCCACUUCACAUAACUGGCUUUGCUCGGUCCCGUUAUUUGGUGCCAACCUCCAUCCGCCCAAGUUUCAGAUAGCUGUUCCCUGUGGAGGUGUGGGUUUUCAUCGUCAAGCACAGGGUAGUGAUAAUCUUGUAGAUGAUCCACGCAUUUGGAGCCGUUCUAUCAACUCUGAAUUCGGUAGACAUGGUCAUGAUGAAGAUGACGAUGAAGGUGAUGAAGAUGAAGAAGAAGAUAGGAGUCUUGAUCUUUUGAUUAAGUUCGUCCAGAAUGUCUUUAAGAAGAUUUCUAAGCGUGCUCGAAGAGCUGUACGAUCAGUUCUUCCAAUAGUUAUUCCAACCAAACUGGUGGGGUUUUCAGUCAACGGAGUGCUAAUUCUAGCAUUUUUGUGGAUUUUAAAGGCGUUUCUUGAGGUGGUUUGCACCAUCGGUAGUGUGGUAUUUGUGAGUAUCUUACUCAUCCGAGGAAUAUGGACUGGGGUAAUCUAUUUGCAAGAAAACCACAACCUUUCAAUAAAGGACUUUGAUGACGAGAAUGGCACAUGGAAUCGUGUUAAGCCUGCUUGACAACUGACAGGCCUGCUCCAACAACAGAUGUACUUUGUUCUAGAUCUUAACAUUCUUCCAAACAUGAUCGAAUCAUGAAUACAAAGGUUUCUUACCUUUCUGAAGAUCAAGAACUAACUACAUCUGCUGUCAUAUAAUAAAAGAACAUAUUCUGAGGUAGAAAAGGUCUACCUUUCUGUAUCAUCAUCAUACAUCAGAUCAGAUCCACAGGUAUAAAUAUAUCUGGCAUGAUUAUGCCCUUCUCAUGAUAUCAUAUUAUAUGUUCCAUAACUUAGUUUCUAAGUGAACCAAAUUCUUGUGAGCAACCCCUUUUUGUUAGAUUUGGCAAAACUGCCCUAUGAGCUUGUACUAGUUGAUGAAAAAUUGAAUAUCAAAAUGUCUGAGCUAGAGCAACAAAACAUUUUUGUUUUGUUUAUUUUGAUCAA